GAGUCUGGAACGCCGCACCAUCACCAUGGUAACGCUGCCUGGUUGCAGCUCGUGGAGACGCCAUACUGUCCGGAGCAGCGAGAGAGAGCGAGAGAGAGCAGGCAAACAUAGAGGAUGAUGCCGGGGCCUGACUCUUCUUGUCCCGCCACUCAUUCAGCCUUUACGCGGCGCUGUUAAGCUGGUCCGGGAUAUGGCUGCAGCUGCCGCACAUCUCGACGACGACUGGCCGCAUGUGGGUGAUUUAAACACGGACUCAGAGCAGGAGCUGCUGCCGCUGAAAGGCCGAGCAGCGGCCGCCGCAGGCCGCACCGCCUCGGGGGAAGCUACGCCUCAGCUCCCGCUGCUGCUACUUCUGCAAGGACAUGAUGGUGAUGAUGGUGAUGUCCUCGAGCUGCACGAGAACAGCAGCUUUCUCCCCGGGGAAAGUGGUGCUUUUAGGUCCAAGGAGGAGCUGGGGAACGUGUUUGACGCCAGAUUAUCCGAGUGCUUCCGAAAUGUUCACGCCGGGACAGAGAGCAUCGCUGCUGUUAGUGAGAUCACCGAGGACACGCUGCUGGAGAAAGACGAAAUUUGGAAAGUUUUAACCACCAACUAUGGACAAGUGAUGCCGGUUGACUGGAAGUGUUCUCAAAUGCGCUCGCUCCAAGUCCCCAUAUUUAAUCUGGAGGAGAAACCUAGGAAGACUGAUGUCACGGCGGAGCUGUCGGAUGAUGAGGAGCUGAGGGAGCAGCUGGACAUGCACUCCAUCAUCGUCUCUUGCCUGGCAGAUGAGCCCCUCUUCACUGCAGAGCAGGUGAUUGAGGAGAUAGAGGAGAUGAUGCAGGACUCGCCUGACGUGGAAGCAAAGAACACUCUGCCUCAGUCAGACUUCUCGAUGCUCUCUUUGGACAUGCAGCGCUCCAACAGCAGCCCCGGCUUCAAGGACAGGGUCAGGACUCUGAGUGUUGCAGAGCUGAAUGAAUGUAUGGAGGAGACGGAGACGAACAUCAGGAGGUUUUCAGAGGAGCUGGUGCAGCAGCUGGCUCGGAGGGAUGAACUGGAAUUUGAGAAAGAGGUCAAGAACAGUUUCAUCUCGGUGCUCAUCGAUGUUCAGAACCGGCAGAAGGAGCACCGCGAGCUGCUCAAGAAGAAGAAGAAGUUCAAAGGUGGAGCUGGGUCUUCACACGGCCGCGCUGAGAAAACACUCGGAGUACGCCUCAGCAUGGAGGGACUCUCCUCUGUCUUUCAAAACAGCUUCCGGCAAACUUUUGGGAGUGGGAGCAGUGAAAGACAGUAUUUGACCACAGUCAUCCCGUAUGAGGAGAAAGGACAUCCUCCUUCCAUCGAGGACCUCCAGAUCCUGACCAAGAUCCUGGAAGCGAUGAGGGAUGACAGUGACAAGGUGCCUGGUCUCUUGACAGACUACAUUCUCAAAGUUCUUUGCCCAACAUAGACCAGCAGUACAUGGUGCUUAACACUUUGCAGAAGCUUUACGUGGCAACAAGAUGAAGAGGACUCAUUGUAUUUCUUUUUUUCUUCAAACAUGAAGCACACUUAAUGCAUUUCUGCAUGUUUUUCAUUUACACUUGUUGUUGUGUUCUGUAUUUAAUUGUUUUUAAUUCGGAUUUUUCAACCCUUGUGUGGAUUUUUUAGUUUUCCUUUUCUGCCUUUGUUUUUCUUGCAUUGUGACACAGAUUUCUAAAUUGAUAAAUUAUUUGACAAAUAUACCCAGAAAGAGGUAUCAAAGCAUUGGAGUUGCACUCUUGGGAAAUAUUGAGCUUUGCAAAGUUGUGAUUCAAAUGGCUUUGUACUUCUCUGAAGUGCUUCUUCUUCUUCUUCUUCUUCUUCUUCUUCGCUGAGCAAUGAACAAAUGCACAAAGCUCACUGAGCGUAGAUGUUGCAGUAUUCAAUAAAUUGUGAUACAAACAAAUGUGCAUCAGUAGAAUACACUGUUUGUGCAGAAGCCUAAUAUAAGCCUUCCAUGUAACAGUCUGUGUACUGUUAGCUCUUCUGUGUUGUCAUCUCGGCAGUAAACCACACACGUCAUUGUUAUUGUUCUUUGGAAGAAAGAAGUGCUGGUUGCUGAGGUGAUUAUUAUACAAUUAAUUAACUAUCUAUGCAUUUGAGUGAUGAUUUUACUGUGACCCAUGCACUGUCUGUGGGACUCUGAAUCAGAGACUCUAGUGUCUGCUGAGCACAGAGCAGCGCACACACCGGCACUGUUAUUCUGUUUGUAUUUACAAGCUGCCUUUGCUGCUGCCUGAACUUUUGUACACUAAUGACUUCAUUUUCAGUGAAUGUCAUGUAACUGUUCUACUGAAAGUACUGUAUUCAUUUUGCAAUUAUUUUAUGUCAAAUAUAUUGAUAAAAUCC